AAUACCACAGUUGCAAGCAGCUGCGGGAAAAGUUUAUCCUUUGCCAUUUAUUGAGACGUCAAGUCCUUUGUCGUUUAUAAUUGUCAUAAUUUCAGUUUCGAUGUUCUCACUAAAGAUAGUGUUAACUUUAACAAGGUACAAUGCAUUUGAGUUGGGUCUCAAAACAACAUGGAUACUUUGCUGAUAGGAAUUUUAUAUUUCAUCUUAAUUCCACUGUGCAGAAGCCAAAAGGAAAAUUCUACAAGUGAGAAUGACAAUUCGAACUGCGAUGGCCGAUGUUCCUUAGUCGGGGACUACGUCGGGUGCUACAACAUCGGCUGCCUGGACCAAGAUUACAACGUUACCUUCAAAGACAAGCGUAUGAACUCUCCAAAUACUUGCAGUAGAGCCUGCGAGGAAAGAGGGUUUGCCUUUGCCGCCAUUCUCUCCAUGGUAGAGUGCUCCUGCUCCUGUCCUCAUGGGGAACAAGGAUGUCUUGGCAAGUCCCUGGAAGACAGCCGGUGUGGUGUCCCCUGCAUUGGAGACCGGGACAGCUUCUGUGGAGGGUACAGAACCAUGUCUCUUUACAAAGUGAACGCUUCGGUAUCAUUGAACAUUAUUUGCAAAAACCCCUUCGACCAGAGUAACGAGAGGAUGUCUACAAUCAAGAUUAUCAAUAUCCAGUCAAGUGAUUCUCCUUCAGAUUUACGUGUUCCAAUCAUCAUACCAGUCUGCACUGCAGUAUCACUUGUCUUACUGUCUGUUGCUGUUGGUAUAUUGGUAUAUUGUCGACGAAAGCACGCCGCGCAAAGGCCCCUUUCAGUGAAAGACACAAGCAGAGCAGACAGACAAGCAACUGUCAAUGAUCGUUACCGAAUAGGUGUCCAUGGUAAGACAAUUCAAGAAGAAGUUCCCCUAAAAGGAGAAUCCAAGCCUCCAAAGAUAAUGCCGGAACUGCCGAACAUUCCGAAAGAAGCUGUGCAACCAACGCCAACAUCGGAUGAUGUAUUACAGGAAAGAAUCUACCAUGAGCCGGACUUUGUAGAAAGUUCUGUACCUUCGGUUGGCAUCGCCCUGGGCCACGAGUACCUUGACUCAGGUCAAGGGGAUCCUGUAAGAAGUACUCCCUCUGUUGAUGAGAUCCACGAGUAUACUUACCCCAAGCUCGAGCGAAGUCAAUUCAAAGGUCCUGCGAGGGUGAACAGGAUUGCUGAGGAUGGAUACCUUUUGGCAGAACCUGACAUACAUCCCGUGCCGAAUCCUACGCCAAAGGUCUAUUACUCUUCACGUUUACCGAAAUGUGAUAUGAAAGACGAACCUUCAAAAGCAUAUGCCAAUGAAAAUGACCCUGCACCGAUCGGUGGAGCAAAAUUGGAAGAUUCACUCGACGUCGAGAACAUGCAAGUAUACUAUUCAAGGAACGUACAUCGUUCAGCAGGUUCAGGAAAUCAAACGUUAGAAUUAUACUCCAAAACUGAUAGUGACGAAGUAAUAGAAUGACGGCGUCGCGAAGAACUGAUUGAUAAUAUGUCAUGCUUAGAACAGAAUAAACGCUAUUAACCAGAGUGUACGUACCUGUGAGUGAGGACCUAAGUACAGAAGUAU